UUGACCCAAACGCGCGAGCGCGAGCAUCUCUCUUCGCUUCCAAGAAACAUCGAUGCAAAACCCUACAAGCAAUCCCCAUUAGAUCACACUCCUUGAAACAAGAAAGACAGUAGAUCAACCCUCUCUCUUUCUUUCUCUCUCUCUCUCUGUAGUGAACAGUCCGACGCGUAAGCCCUCGUUUGUUCGCCAGCAUUUUCAAGAUCCAUCCAUGGAUGAAUCCGAGACAUUCCCGAAGGACUACUACACUCAGAACCCCGCGAGAACCCUCACCCCCUCCUCCAGCGACACCACGAGCGUCCAGGUGACCGCCCUCGAUGGCAUCGUGAACGUGAACUCCCUCUUCACCGUCGCCGUCUUCGUGGGGCUCUCCCUCACCACCCCAGACCAGCACAGCCUCGAGAACCCCGGCGCCUGCGACGCCGGCCUCGACGUCGUCAAGAAGCUGCUGGUCUUCGAGGUCGUCUCCUUUAGCUUCUUCCUCUUCUCCUCCCUCGUCGCCCAGGGCCUCAAGCUGGCCAUCAACCUCCUCAACAGCAAGGACGUGAACGAGGCCCUCAGGGCCCACAUCAACAUCAAGGUCCUGCGGUUCGGGAUGGUCGGCUCGGCCUUCGGGUCUGUCAUGGGCUGCCUGUUCCUGAUGCUGUCGAUGAUCAGCGUGAUCGAGAUUAGGCUCGGGAUGCUGUCCUGCGGGAGCAAGUCAGCGGUCCACGCGGUGUUGGCACUGAUCGUGCUUGUGUCGUCCGCUCUGGUGGCUUAUAUUUCCACUGCCGUGUAUGCUUUUCUGCAUUGAUGACUCGUGAGCGAGUGUUUCGAAGAAAUUGAAAGUACUUUUAAGCGUCUAUUAUGGGAAGUUGAAGCGAAUUUCUAGCUCUUUUUAUUCCAUCGUGCUUCUCAACUGAAUUGCAGCUUGGUUCAUAUUA